CUAACCCUCUGCAUCACAGACCAACAACACCGACAGUGUCUGUAGUCACUGCGUCACCAAGCUUCAGGAACUUCAGAUCAUUUCUCUGGACCUCUUUCUGGGUUGACCAGGACUUUAAAAACACAGGGAGUUAUGUGGAGGAUUUUCCUGACGGUCAGUCUGCUCUGCUGGAGCGCUGACGGACAAGACGUGAAAUGCAGAGACCACAACAACGGAGAAGUGGACUGGUACAUCAUCUACAAGGCACCCAAACUGAAUAACAUCGGAACUGAGGGUUUGGAAUAUAUUUACAUUGAUCCAAAAGGGAAGAAGACCUAUAAGGAUCACAAUAAGCUCAUCAACAAUACUAACGGUGUCCUGGCAAACACCCUGAAGCCCCUUUUUAAACCAACCACAUCAAUGCCAGCAGACUUUGGAUUCAUAAGCUACAGUGAUCAACCUCCUCCAGAUGGAAAGGGUGUUCCUGAUAAGUUUGGUCACAGUAAAGGACUUGUGAUGAUGGAUAAAGACCAGACAGGAGUCUGGCUCUUACACAGCACACCAAAGUUCCCUUUUGAAAGAGAUCAAAAUAAGAAAAACUUCUACCCACCCAGCGGAGUGGCGAAUGCUCAGACAUUUAUCUGUGUAACAUUCAACUAUGACCAGUUCAAACAGAUAGGUCAACAUCUGCUGAACAUCGCAGCUUUCCCGUUUGAUCAUCAUAUUCCACCUGACUUCCAUAAAGAGCUUAUAAACGUUACAGAGAAAGACUUGAACAAAAGUCGACCAGGAGAGGGAAUCCAGGAGCUGACAUCAGCAGGAAGAACAUCGUUUCGUAGCAUUGCUAAGAAACUGUAUAAAGAAGAAGAAAGGCCACAACAAGGAAUAAACGAUGGAGAUCUUUACCUCACUAUUGCAGAGACAUACAAGACUGAUGUGAGAGUCCAAACCUGGCCCUGCCAGCAAGACAAGCCAUACUGCGAACAAAAUCAACCCCAAGUGAUCAAUAUUAAAUCUGUAAAAGCUAAUCUGGGUAACGGGGAGGUUAAGUGGACGGCCGGUGUUGAUCAUUCCAAGUGGUGUGUAGCUAAAGAUAAUAACAAUCAUUUGAUCUGUAUCGCUGAUGUAAACAGAGCACUCAGCCAAUACAAAAGGCCGGGGGGCGGGCUGUGCUUUGUCCAUCAACAGGUGAGUGAACUAUUUAAAGGUGUAAUUGAUCAAACUGAGGAUUGCUCCAGUAAGCUCCCCCGUGUCUCGGACCCUGACUGUGACCCUGAUGCUGGAUCACUGAGUGAUGGGAUAAAUAAGCCUCUCCCUUUGAGUCCACUUUUGUUUGGGUCUCUGUGUGCUUUGGUUUAUCAUUUUCAAAUGAUUAUAAAUUGACAUUUCUGAAUCCAUAGUUUAA